AUGGAGCCUUUGAAGCCCCUGCCAGAUGACUUAGCGGACACAGGAAAGGACGAGAAUAGUUGUUCUUUCUGUGGUGUUAGCUACCUUAUUCUCCAUGAGGUGGAGCGCUUGAAGCGGCGGAUUGCCGAGCUAGAAACAGAAAAUGCAAGUCUUAUGCGAAUGAAGAGUAACGCCCAGUCAUCUCAGAUGAAUACGCUCACUUCGAUGGAUGCUCUGACAAAUCUAACCGAAGCCUUCAAAGCCCGGGCAGACGAGGCCUCUGCGGAGAGGGAUCGUGCAAUGAUAAAGACGAAAGAGAUGGAGGAACGGAAUAAGGCUCUGCUCUCGUGUAUUCAGCGGCUCCAAACAGGUCUCGGCAGCCUGCGUGAAGAAAUAGUGUCUCUCCGAGAAGCACUCCAAUGCCUUAAGGCUACUGACCCAACAAUCAUUCCUGGAAUGAUGGAUGCUCUCCACAGAUUAGUACUGAGCCUACAGAACAGUUAUAGUGAGCAGCUGGAAGCCUCCGAGCUCGAGGGAAAGCGUUUACAGACGUGCCUAUCUGCCGCCCAGGAGGACCUUAGAUUAGUGAGGCUUACGUUAGAGGAGGAAAUAGCAGCUCUGCAGUCCACACUAAACGAGGUUAACUCUCACAACAAGAUACUCGGGGUGGAGGUUCAGGAGCUGAAGGAGGCUAUUUCUUUACUUACUACGACAAAUGAGACACUGGAGAAGCAGGUUUCUGUUAUGACAACAGAGAUAGAUCAGCUUCGAGCCGAACUGCAAACACGAAUCAAUCAAUGCAAUACUCUGAAUACAAGUGAGAAAGAAAGCUUACAACGAAUAAACUUGCUUACAUGUGAGCUCCAAACAAGGAAUGAUGAACUUGCAGAUCUUUUGAAACAGCUACAAAGCAGCAAGGAAAAUGCAGAGGCUUUGCAGAGCAACCUACAAGUGUUCCUGAAGGAGCUGUCUGAGUUCCGUAAGCUCCACCAAGCGGACAUAGAGUCCCACCAAUCAACACUCACCGCACUGUCAAACAGACUCGCAGAUGCACUACUUCAGCUGAAAAGGCUUGAGACUGAAACUACAUCCAAAUAUAAGGCAUUAGAACAAGAGCUAGCAGACCUACACAAGGCUCUGACUAUGGAAACGACUGAAUCAGAUGCAGCAAAUCAAAGGUAUUCUAAGUUACAAGGAGAGCAAGAGGCUCUUCUCCAGCGUAACAAAAAGCUAAGCACAGAGCUCGAAGAUCUCCGUUAUGCUUUACAAGAAUCCGGCAAGACAAGCUCAGCAGCUGAAGAAGCACUACGAAAGAGGUUGCGCGAGUUGCAGCGCGAUAAUGAGCUCCUUGAGAACCAAGCCCUCGAUGUGGAGAAGAAAGCUGCACAGCUGCGUAGUGAGAAGGAACAGAAAGAGAAGCUUAUCUGUGACAUGGAUCUGAAAAUCCAGGAUAUGAGGUCUCACAUUGUAGAUCUAGAGACUAAACUAGCAGAGAAGACACGAGAGGCAGAAAGUCUCCGAGGUGAGACCACGUCAACCAAAUUAUUAGAAGAAGCACGGAAGUACAUCUCUGACCUGGAGAAGAAGAUCCAGUGCCUGCAGCAGACAGUCUUCAAGGAGUGCCAAGAACGUUCAGAUUUACUUUACACGCUAUCAAGUCUUAAGGCACAGAAUGCUGAAUUGUCGGCAAGGCGAGGCAGCUCUAUAACACCAGCGCUUCCUCCAUUGGGAAGUACUGGGUCUGUGCAACCAGGACAGCCCUCCCAGUCCCAAAGGAGCCAACGUGGAUCGAUGUUUCAGCGUCAAAAGCGUUAG